AAACGUUUUUACGUGCAAUGGCCUUUAUAGAGCUUAAUGAUCAGUGGUCAGUGUUGUCAGUCGAAAACUAUAAUAAACGAUUUAAUGCAACGAGUGACGUAUAAUCACAAUUAUGCGAAAUAUAAAGAUAAUGUAUCAAAGAGUGUUGAGAAAAUAUCCCAUCGGUACACAAGCAGUACAAGCUGGUAUACUAAUGGGACUCGGUGAUCAGAUUGCACAAAAUUUUAUAGAAAAUAGGUCGAAAACUAUUGAUUUUGUACGUACAAUGAAAUUUGCUGGGAUUGGUUUCUUUAUUAGUGGUCCAGCGACAAGAACAUGGUAUGGAAUUUUAGACAAAUACAUAGGGUCUAAAGGUUACUCCGUUGCAAUAAAAAAGGUUGCUUGUGACCAAUUGUUAUAUGCUCCUACAUUUAUAGCAGUUUUAUUAGUUGUUAUUGGCAUUUGCCAAGGAAAAGAUAUUGAAGGACUAAAGAUUAAGAUGAUAAAUGAAUAUAAUGAUAUUUUAACGAAUAAUUAUAAGCUUUGGCCUAUGGUACAACUUGUGAAUUUUUCUCUGGUACCAUUACAUUACCAAACUUUAGUUGUACAAUCAAUUGCUCUAUUCUGGAAUAGUUAUAUUUCAUAUAGAACAAGUUUAGAUAAAUGUAAUGAAUUUAAAUAAAUAUAUUUUAUUGAUAAA